CGCGGGCCGCCUGAGCGCCUCCAUGGGCGAGGUGGGCGGCUUCCUGGGCUCCCUGGAGCUGCACGGCUUCCCGGGCUCCCUCGGGGCGGCGCCGCUGGCCGACUCGCCGGGCUUCCUGACGGAGCGGCUGGGGCAGAUCGAGGGCCGGCUGCAACGGGGCUCGCCCACCGACUUCGCCCACCUGAAGGGCAUCCUGCGCCGGCGGCAGCUCUACUGCCGGAUGGGCUUCCACCUGGAGCUCUUCCCCAACGGCACCGUGCGCGGCACCCGGCAGGACCACAGCCGCUUCGGAAUUUUGGAGUUUAUAAGUUUGGCUGUAGGACUGGUUAGUAUCCGUGGAGUGGAUUCUGGCCUUUAUCUUGGAAUGAAUGAGAGAGGAGAGCUCUAUGGAUCGAAGAAGCUCACACGGGAGUGUGUUUUCCGCGAACAAUUUGAAGAAAACUGGUAUAACACCUACGCCUCGACCCUCUACAAGCACACGGACUCUGAACGGCAGUAUUACAUUGCUUUGAACAAAGAUGGGUCUCCCAGAGAAGGAUUCAGGACUAAGAGACACCAAAAAUUUACUCAUUUUUUACCCAGGCCGGUAGAUCCUGCUAAGAUACCUGCUGUGUAUAGAGACCUUCUGCGCUACAGGUGAUACUCCCUGCAGAACAAAUAAGGGGGUGAAGCCACAUGAUUGUGCAACAUACAUACAUGCACACAGUCGGAUUUCCAAAGUUUUUGCUGGAGCGCUAUAAGCCUACGCAUUUCAUCUCUUCUGCAAGCCUAUUUAACACGUAGAGAAGGCCUCGCCUGGAGCCUCUUGGCUUUCAAAGAAGGAUGUAACAAGGAUGGAUUCCGUCUGCAGGGAGCACGACAGGAUUGGGCAGAGCCUGGAACCCUAUAUAGGAUCACUUUCUAAUUACAUGUUCAAUUUGGUGGGCUAGGAAGAGGAAACAGAACACCCUGAGCAGAAGAGAUUGCGUUCGACAACCACCAGCCACAUUGAUCCUAAGCCAUGGAACCAGGCACAGAAGAAUUCAGAAAUGAUUUGCAUUCUGCUCAAAAGCUUGGAAAGUUUGCUUGCUAAACUAGCUCUUUGCAACUUGCCAGAUGUUGGUGAUCUGAAAUCUUGAGAACUCGGGGACUUGCCUGGUAGUAAAGUGGAGAAUCCAAAUCUAUUGGAUGUCUGGCUCCUCAGGAAGGUGUGUGUGAAUGUGGCUUUAUUUGUGCAAGCACACACUUGGACCUGUGCAUUUCCUUCCGUUGGAGUCUGAUAGUAGAGAGGAGGAGGUGAGGUCAAAGAACGAGCAUUUUUAUGAUGUAAACACAAUACUGUUCAUAAGGACAAAUCUAUUUAUAAAGUGUAUA